GCUGUGUUUUUAUGUAUCUUCCGGGACCAGGCCAGCGGUUUUUUACUUUGAAGUCCACAGUUAAACCUUCAGCCCAGUUGGUUUAGAAACAGCCCGGAGGAUUUCUACCGCCUGCCAUGACUUCUUGAAACACUACCUGGGGAGAAAAGUCGAGAGGAAAACGCGUCUCUCUUUUAUUCGCGGUUGCACUAAUGUUGCCCAAUGUGAUAGACAGUACAGGACGGAGAAGAGCGCCGAGGCGGUUGUAGGCACAGCUUGUUGUUGGACUACUUAACUUUAACGUUUUCUAAUCAGGGAGGCUGUUCGGGUACAUGGAUGAGUGAAGAGGAGCUGAGAAGCUCCCCCGCUGCUUUUAGAGAGUGAGGAGGAUUAGGCUGGAGCUCAGUGGAGGCACGACGGCACUCUCACACGGCAACCGGAGCUGGAGCCAUGAGCAGGGCGCUUACGGAGCACAUCAGCAGUAGCUUCCGAGAAGAUGCUCCUCGUCCUCCGGUACCGGGGGAGGAGGGAGAGGCGUCAUGCUACAACCCCAGCAGAUCUGCCAAAAUGAGAGCCCAGAGUAAGGUUAAAGAUAGCCCCGUCGCCGCCGCGCCUCCCGGCUCCACACCGCGGAGGAACGAGGAUGGACUCGGGGAGCCAGAGGGCAGCGCGUCCCCGGACUCGCCCCUAGUCCGGUGGACAAAGUCUCUGCAUUUUCUUCUGGGCGACCAAGACGGUGCUCACCUCUUCAGGACCUUUUUGGAGCGGGAGAAUUGCGUGGACACUUUGGACUUUUGGUUCGCCUGCAACGGCUUCAGGCAAAUGGACUUAAAGGAUACCAAAACGUUGCGAGUUGCCAAAGUUAUUUUCAAGCGGUACAUUGAGAACAACAGCAUUGUCGCCAAGCAGCUGAAACCCGCCACCAAGACCUUCAUAAGGGAUAGUAUUAAGAAACAACAAAUAGACUCUGUCAUGUUUGACCAGGCACAGACGGAAAUUCAGUCGAACAUGGAAGAGAAUGCAUACCAGAUGUUUUUGACCUCUGACAUAUACCUCGAAUACGUGCGCACCGGGUGCGAGAACGCCGCGUACGUGAACCACGGCGGACUCGGCAGCCUCAAGCUGAUGUGCGGAUACCUUCCUCCUCUCAUGGAGGAAGAGGAGUGGAGUUGUAAUGACCUAAAGGCAAAAGCGUUAGGGUCUGUGGUUGGACUGUCUGCGAAAACCCUGAGGGCUACUGCUACCAUCCGGACAGCAGCUGAAGUACUGGAGAAUAGUUGCAGGUCCCACCGUCGGGGAGACCCUGCCAGCCCUUACUUUGUCAAUUCCGGCUACAUCUUUGCCCCUGCCACCAGUGCCAAUGACAGUGAGAUCUCCAGCGAUGCCACAACGGACGAUUCCAUGUCCAUGACGGACAGUAGCGUAGAUGGAAUCCCUCCAUAUAAGCUGGGCACCAAGAAGCAGCUCCAGCGAGAGAUGCAUCGCAGUGUCAAGAUCAAUGGCCAGAUUUCGCUACCCCACUUUCCUAGGACACAUCGGCUGCCUAAGGAGAUGACCCCCGUUGAGCCCUCAGCUUUUGCUGCUCAGCUCAUAGCCCGGCUGGAGAAACUGAAGCGAGAGCAGGACACCAUGAGCUCAUUGGAGGAGAGGCUGCAGCAGAUCCAGGAGGAGGAGGAAAGGGAGGAAAGCGGCGACCUCACCAGCAACACCUCCCUCCAUCAUCCUCUGCUCCCAUCUGGCAGUCAGUGUGAGGAAGACCCCCAGGCUAUCCUAGACGAACACCUAUCCCGUGUCCUGAAGACACCUGGCUGCCAGUCACCAGGUGUGGUUCGGCACUCACCGCGCUCAGGCUCCCCCGAUCGGACAGGCGCUUUGGUGUCCUCUGGCCACGGGCCCUUCUUUGGUGCUUAUCCUGGGGCCACCAAGGUUCUGAUGACAGGCAGGCAGUCCACAAAGCACAUUCACCACCACUACAUCCACCAUCAUCACGCUGGGCCCAAGACCAAGGAGCAGAUUGAGGCUGAGGCGGCUCAGCGUGUGCAGUGCCUCUGCCCUCCAGGGGGCGCCAAUUAUUCCGACUUCACCCCUGCUCGCUGCAGCACUUUGUCCAGACGGCCAGUCAAGGCUACCGAUGAGGGCGUGUCUCCACCACGUCUUCCCCUAGAUGCCACCGACCGCUCUCAGAAUGUUUGGCAGUGGAUCCUGGAGAGUGAGAGGCAGGGCAAGCACAAGCCACACAGCACUCAAGGUCUAAAGAAGUCCAACCCCCUUGACUCCAAGACCCCGCCCAGUCGGACUCACUCCUCUUGGGGUGGAGGCGGUAUCGGCAGUGGGGCUCACCUCCGUGGUCACCACCCUGGCCAUCCGUUCAUACAAGACCCAGCCAUGCCACCCCUGCCCCCACCCAACACCCUGGCACAGCUGGAGGAGGCCUGCCGCAGACUAGAGGAGGUUUCCAAGCCGCCGAAACAGAGACAUUCAGCAGCAGCCAGCAGCCUUCAGAGAGACAGGAGCCAUCCAGCAGCUGCUUUCCCCACUGGAGGAAGCCCUCUAGCCAGCUCUGGACUGCAAACAGACGAGUCUAAGGAGCUAGUGGUCACCUACUUCUUCUGUGGUGAGGAGAUUCCUUAUCGCAGUAUGAUGAAGACCCACUGCCUCACCCUGGGACACUUCAAGGAACAACUUAGCAAGAAAGGCAACUACAGGUACUACUUCAAGAAGGCCAGCGAUGAGUUUGAGUGUGGUGCUGUGUUCGAGGAGGUGUGGGAAGAUGCCACCGUGUUGCCCAUGUAUGAAGGCAAGGUCCUGGGCAAGGUGGAGAGGAUGGACUAAAAGCCACUUUGUUGCCAACCAACCAAUGCCCUUCCUUGCCCAACCAAAAGCUAAACUGUCCCUAAAAACUUGAGCAAGAGACUCUGUGUAAUUAACAAAAAACACUCUGGACUCCUGUUUGUUUUUGUUUUUUUUCUAUUUCUUAAUAUUAAGCUAAACAGAGUUAAUAUAUCCAGCACAAGAGGAGUGAUUGAAGGAAGACGAGCCAAUGAAGUAUGCCGAACCCAGAGGAGGUACUGCCCCUCCCUGACUUUCUCAACCAAUCAGCCUUAGAAACACAAGGGAAUGACAUGAGCGACUUUAAAAGACCAAUACAAGGAUGAUGAUGAUGAUGAUAAUGAUUGGAGGCCAGUGGGGGUGAGACCCUGCCUCUUCUUGAAUAUAACCACUGAAGAUGUAGAUGGCACCGGCUUCACGGCCGAGUGCAACGGACUAGCAGGCGCUGAAGACGCAGUGCCACCAACCUGCUCUUAACGUUACACUCCAACAUCGUUACAAAAACGUCUGUACGUGUGCAUAUACAUACAUGCAUAUAUGUAUAUAUACAUGUAUUAUAUAUAUAUAUAGAUGCUUUUUGUCAUGAGUUGAAAGUUUUUAUUAAGUAUUUAUUGAAAAAAACAACCCACUCCUUUCCCCUUUCCUCUUUCCCAAGUCUCCUUAAAGCUAUGUCCCACCCCCUCCCCAUUUCCAGCCAAUGGGCAAGCUGCUUUGAAUGUUGGGAGAAUACUGUGGUGAUAUUGUUUAGUGUUUGUUUUUACUUUACACAAAGGACGUGACACUAGCCUAGCACCUCCCAUAGCCUUGUAGCCACGUCUGACCCAAACUAACAACCUUAGCAGUGGUCCUGUCCGAGGCGCACUCCCUUCACUAUUCUAAUGGUUAAUCCCAGUCUUAUAUGCUGCUGAUAGUUUGUAAUGUUAAGUUUGUCACACUAGUGUAUCCUAUCCCUCGUUCUCCCCCUUCCUCUCUUUUUGUCUUCUCUCAGUCCGGCGACAGAGCUCAAUCUUUUUUGUUGUGCCUUUGUUUGUAAACCAGGCAUUGCACAGGGGGGGGAUGAAUACAGUUGCAGAUACACACAGAGAGGAGACCUGGAGCACAAGUUGUACCAUCUAAUAAUGGCAGUGUUUACAGCCCUCACACCAAAAUAACUUGUGCUAACAAGAACCAGUUUGGGUCACAGAGAAUGACUUCUUGAGGAAGUCAGCUAGCGUGUCAAAAAAAAACGAAAAGAAAAAAAAACAGAACAUUGAAGAAUUAUGGCUCCGAUAUCCUUUGAAUGUUGUUACAGUAACAUCGUAUAUAGCAGAGCUCCUGUAUACAUUGUAAUUAUGCAUUCUGAAGUAUGGAUACUGACACAUGUGAUGCACACAUAGAGUACGCACACACACAUAAACAAUACACACAUAUAAACACACUAUCGCUGGUGUUUUAUGAGUACAGCACCUGUGCCUACAUGGAUGCCAUACCAUGUGCUACCCUGUUUCAGGGUUUUAAUAUAUAUCCCUUGGUUUUCAGAAGGGUUUUAUGUUGAAAAGAUAUUUUUAUGCUUUUAAUAAUAUCCUGUAAUCAUGUUUUUUUUGUUUUUGUUUUUACA